AAUCCAGUAUUAACCGUAUGUGUCCAGGUUGAGGAUCGAGAUCCGACAGCCCACUCAGCCGGUGACAAAGCGAAGUCUUUGCUGCAUGAAUUAGAGGAAGCAAUCUUGGAACAACGGAAUCUCCAGGCUAUAAAUACCGAAUUGGUGAACACUUGCCAGACACUUGAGCAGAAGACGAGAAAACUGAAAACAACAACUGAGUCACUGAGAAAGAAGUUAAUUAAAGGACACCUCCAUGGCUUGUUAUUUCAGAGCUGUUUAGAUGAGGAAUUUCCUCGUUGUGAUCCCUUGUCCUGCUCAGAUGGAAUUCAACAACCGUUUCAAGAAAAACUGAAGCAGUGUUGCCAUAAACGAUAUAGUGGUCAAGAAGCAAGACUACAUCAGACACUCCUGACCUUCAUAUAUACGAGCUGGUAUACACCUCCGCUAGAUGUCUUGCAUGUAGAGAGUCUCACAGCAAUUCCAAGACUGGAAUUGACACUUCUCUCAGGUGUAGCCAAAAGAAUCCAGGUUUCAUGUGAAAGGCCCAACUAUGGAGAAUUAGAAGAUGGAGCUUUGGAUGUGACUAGAAGACGCAAGUGCCCAGGCCCUAAAGUUGGCCCCUACCUAGGAUCAGAUCUUUCCGGUUGCAUCAGGAUGAAUGAUGACCUAAAGAUGGAACCCAUGGGAGAAUAUGUUUCAGUUUGUUCCAUGAGCACCUUGGCUACCGCACCCUCCAGUAGACGCUGUCAAAAGCAAAUGGGCUGGACCCUGGAUUUUCAUGAGAAUGGUGUUGACCACUUGUAUUCUGAGAGCCUGCCACAGUCCAGGGAAUGUUCCACACUGUCAUCUCCUGGACAUACUUUGUCCACAGAGAGUACUCUAACUUCAAGUGAUUCUGGGUCAGAAAUUUUGAAUAUGGCUUCUGGUGACCUUGACUGUAAAUCACUCUGUGAGAAAGAGGAAGAUACAAGAUCAGCUUCUGGUAUGAUAAAGAUCACAGGCAAAAGUGCAUCUCCUGAGAAUAUCGCACAGCAAGGCUCUGUGAGUGAGGACAAAACCAUGUUAAAUCUGGAAGCAAAAGAGGAACCAGUAACAAUAGAUGAGCAUAGAAAAGAAUGUGCUGCAAGAGACACUGCUGUUUCCUCUCUUCCUGUAACCACUGUGAAGUCCGUUAACUUUAGACAAAGUGACAACACUUCUGCUAAUGAGAAGGAGGUGGAGGCCGAAUUUCUCAGAUUAUCUUUGGGAUUUAAGUGUGACUGGUUCACCCUGGAGAAAAGAGUAAAGCUUGAAGAAAGAUCCCGAGACUUGGCAGAAGAAAAUUUGAAGAAAGAAAUCACUAACUGUUUAAAGCUCUUAGAGUCUUUAACACCACUUUGUGAAGAUGACAACCAUGCCCAGGAAAUAGUUAAGAAGCUGGAGAAGAGUAUAACACUUCUUAGUCAGUGCACUGCACGAGUGGCCAGUAGGGCGGAGAUGCUGGGAGCCAUUAAUCAGGAAAGCCGGGUUAGUAAAGCAGUGGAGGUGAUGAUUCAGCAUGUAGAAAACCUGAAGAGAAUGUAUGCCAAAGAGCAUGCUGAGUUAGAAGAACUGAAACAGGUUCUUUUGCAAAAUGAAAGGUCUUUUAACCCUCUCGAAGAUGAAGAUGACUGCCAAAUUAAAAAACGUUCAUCUUCUCUAAACGCCAAGCCAUCUUCGCUCCGAAGGGUGACCAUUGCCUCUUUGCCCAGAAAUAUUGGAAAUGCAGGAAUGGUGGCUGGGAUGGAAAAUGACCGAUUCAGUAGGCGAUCAAGCAGCUGGCGUAUUUUGGGGUCAAAGCAGAGUGAACAUCGUCCCUCAUUACAUCGAUUUAUUAGUACCUACUCCUGGGCAGAUGCUGAAGAAGAAAAAUGUGAACGCAAAACUAAAGAUGACUCAGAGCCACCUGGAGAAGAAAUAGCAGAAAGGACAAGAAAGCCAAGUCUUUCUGAAAAGAGAAAUAAUCCGUCAAAAUGGGAUGGCUCUUCACUUUAUGACACAGUAGCUGCCUGGGCAACAAACCUCAAGACUUCCUUCAGAAAGGCGAAUAAGGCACUCUGGCUUUCUGCUGCAUUCAUUGUGCUGUUUGCAGCUUUGAUGAGCUUCCUCACAGGACGAUUCUUCCAGAAGUCUGUGGAUGCUGCUCCCAUACCAGAUGGGGACUCCUGGAUGUCUCUAGAGCAAAUCUUGUGGCCAUUCACCGGACUCCAACACAAUGGACCACCACCAGUGUGACUUAGCACAUCUUAAUAUUCUUCCUGGACAAAACUCUACAGAAAACACAAGGACAGAAGGGUGACUGUGUCUGCUGCAGCCCAGAUUCACUCUUCAUUCUCUCCCCACUUCAGUUCCCACUUCAGAUGCCUGCUACCUCAGUUUCUGGGCCCCAAACUGACACUUGCUCUGGCAGAAAAAGUGGACUCAAAAACAGUAUUUUAAAUUUCAGUGGAAAUGAGAGCAUAUCUCCACAGAACCUCACGAGGGCAGGAGCUAGACUGCUCAGAUUCUCUGAUGACAAUCCUCAAGUAUAAAAUCGACUAGGAAGCAAUGCAAGCUAUAAAAAUGUUAUUUAUAUUUGCAUUUUGAUUUUAGCCAAGUUUUAGGUUUUCCUUGAUUUUGGCAAACAGCUCUCUGAUAGACUAAUUCCAAAGCCUGCUUUUGGGUGAGCCUCUCAAGGAAAUUAAAGAUGCCAUGCAUCAAAUAAGGUAUAAGAUACUACACUGUAGAGUAGUAAAAUGAGUAUUUCAAUAGGAGGACAUAAGAUCUCCUUAUGUAUAUCUAAAUCUGCCACUAACUUACAUUUGUAACCUUGAGGAAAUCCUUGAACCAUUUUGGGUCUCAAAUUCCUGCUCUAACAACAUAUUUGGUACUGAACUGUGUGCCAGACAUAAUAACACAUCUUGUAAACAAUCCUAAGAGAUGGCUAUAUCUUCAUUUUACACAAAAAAGGAAACUGAAGCUUAGGGAAAUUACUAUUUUAAGAGUCAA